AUGGGGGUGUUGAUGUCCAAGCGGCAGACGGUGGAGCAGGUGCAGAAGGUGAGCCUGGCUGUGUCAGCCUUCAAGGAUGGGCUACGGGACAGGCCUUCCAUUAGACGUGGGGGUGAGCUGCCAGGGUCCCGCCGCGGCACUGUGGAGGGCUCUGUUCAGGAAGUACAGGAAGAAAAGGAAGCAGAGACAAGUGGCCCCGUGGUCCAGGAAGAGAGCAGUAUCAACCGUGCAGCCUGGGAGCGGCUCCGAGAUGGGCGUGGAAUUGAGCCUGAGGAGUUUGACAGAACCAGUCGAUUCACACCCCCUGCCUUCAUCCGACCCACCCGGAAGCUGGAUGACGACAAACCUCCAGAUAUCUGCUUGGAUCCCCGGGAGGCUGUUGUCAACGAUGAGAUGUGUGAUAUCUGUGAAGUCUGGACCGCUGAGAGCCUCUUCCCAUGCAGAGUCUGCACCAGGGUUUUCCACGACGGUUGCCUGCGCCGCAUGGGCUACCUCCAAGGAGACAGUGCAGCGGAGGUGACGGAGAUGGCCCAUACAGAAAUAGGCUGGAGCUGCUACUACUGUGACAACCUUAACCUGCUGCUCACCGAGGAGGAGAUGUACAGCCUCACAGAGACCUUCCAACGGUGUAAAGUCAUCCCUGAUUGCUCCCUGACGCUGGAGGACUUCGUGCGCUACCGCCACCAGGCAGCGAAGCGGGGGGAGAGCAGCAGGGCCCUGAGUGAUGAGCAGGAGGAGCAAGCAGCCCGCCAGUUCGCGGCCUUGGACCCCGAACAUCGAGGCCACGUAGAGUGGUCCGACUUCUUGUCCCACGAAUCUCUCCUGCUGCUGCAGCAGCUGCGUCCCCAGAACUCUCUACUGAGGCUUCUUACCGUCAAGGAGCGGGAACGAGCCCGAGCCACCUUCCUGGCCCGGGGCAGCGGGAGCGCCAUCAGUGAGGCAGAGUGCCACCGCGCCCGGCACUCUUGGUUCUGUAAACGCCUUGCAGAGGCUGCUUCCUGCAGCGUCAGCAUCAGCCAUGUGGGUCCCAUAGCAGACAGCAGCCCGGCCAGCAGCAGUAGCAAGAGUGAACAUAAGGCCCCGCUGCCUGGAGAGCAGGAGUCCAGAUCUGUGGACUGGCCCACCUUCCUAAGAGAGAACGUCAUCUACAUCUUGGCUGCUCGUCCCAACAGUGGAGCGAUUCACCUGAAACCCCCAGGAUAGUGUGGGGCGGAGCAGCUCAGUUCUGGGACGGUGGCAUCCUCUCCUCCUCUCCUUUCUCUUUCCUUCCACUCACCUCUGGCGCUGAGACUCACAGGAAUGGGGCACUGCCAACAUCUUAAUUUGUCAUUAAGUUUUACGGCACCGAAGCCACCGUUCCCCUCACAACAGAGGCGGUGUGUGUAUUGCCACACCGAGAAGCCCUGAGCGCUGUGGCGUCCGUCACCCGCUCCUGGACCGCCUCCUGCCCUCACAUCGUGAAACUACCUGCCACCUCAUGCAUACAUGUGUGCACAUGCACAUACAGCCACAUACAUGCCUAGAUAUCCAUGCCUUCAGACUCCUGGUUCUUUUUUCGAUGAAAAAGGACCAAAAUCCCUUUGUGAAACCCCUGGUGUAGAUGAGAUGGUCUCUUCUCACUCUUUCUAUUGGCCAGUCCUGAUUUCCAGUAGAAAGAAAGGGGCAGAUCAGCCUCGCUUCCCCUCCAGGAGAUGCCGAGAGGCCCCCUGCCCACAUUGAAACCCCCUUCCGUGAUGAGCCACUGAUGCUCGUAAGUGUCUGUGUGUCCCUCAGGUGUGUCGUGGCGGGAGAACCGUUAAAAAUCAUCCCUGAAGUUUGUGUUUAAAUUCUAAUUCCUCGUGACAGAAAAGGAAACUAGCUUGUGGAUUUCUGACUGGAAAAAAGUGGAGACAGCCUCUCCCAGAGACCCAGAAUUCUCUUUCAACCAGGUCCUCCAACUUCACAAGCCCUUAGCAGACCAGGGAAGUCAAGGUGAGACUCGUGGCCCCUGUUUGUUGAAUGGUAUCGCGCGGUCCGAAGCUCUAGGGACCCGAGUGGAAUGGAUACACUGGCAGGAAUGACGACCCUCUGUGGGAGGUGCUUCAACCUGGCCGCUACGGAGGUCGGUGAGGACACAUCUCAUGGGAGAGAAGAGAAAAGCAGGUUUUUCCUGCUUCCCAGCCCAACUCCACCACAGCCAUAGAAACGUGGCUUUAUACAGAGGGCAAGCCAGCCUCGAACAUAGCCUGAAGGAGGUCCUCAGAACCCCUCGGCAGUCUUGCUGAGACAGAAAAGGAGACGCAGAAGACUCAGAAGACCGGUAUCUCAACUGUCAAGUCCUAGUCGGCGUCCUAAGGGGGAAAGCUUGUCCUUCUCCCCAAAACGGAGAUGUAGCCUCAGCGGCUGCUUCUCCCUGCUGCUUGUUCAUGUCUUCCCCUCCGUGCCAGGAGCUGGAGCUAGCCUGAGAGGCUUUGUGGACAAGCAGAGUGCCAUGAAUGCACCAAACGUGGCCCGCAAGCUUUGCCAAACCCCAUUACCUGACGGUUCUGAAGCUCUCAAAUCAAUGGUGUGGGUCAGCCCUUAGACCUAGGGGUCCAGGUUCUGGAUUUCUAUUUUCAACCGGAUGACUUAGGUAUGGCCAGUUCGGACAACGAGGGCUUCUUCAAGAGACAGUUGAGCCAAGUCAUGCAGAAGCUUGCAUUGUCUCCACUGCUCAAAGCACUCGUACUGGAGUGAAUGAUCACAGAAGAAGAAGAGGCAUAUCACUCAGUGUUGAGAUGCUCAGAUGAAGUGGGGUCUGCAGCCCGGGCCUUCUGCCUAGAGCCCUGGGCGGCCUCUUUCUGUAGGAAGUGCCUGACCGAGAAGCAGGGUGGUGAACUGCUGGAGACAGGUUAUCUAGGACUGAGAUGACGCAGAUGGGAGAUACAUGUGGGUUCAUUUUGAAACCCACAGCUUUUAAAAACUACUACUUAAGGCUGGGCAUGGUAGUUUUUAGCACACACCCUUAAUCCCAGCACUCAGGGGAACAGAGGCAGGUGGAUCUCUAUGAGUUGAAGGCCAGUUUGUUCUAAAUAGUAAGCUACACAAGUGAGACUUGGUCUCAGAAACAACAGCAAAAACUACUCAGCCACGUUCCCAAGACUGAUCAGUAAGAGGGCCCAUUAUUUGAUCUAAUCAAAAAGAAAAAAGAAAAAAGCACAAAGCUCCUAGGCUCAAGGACUGUGUCUGUAGCAGCCAGGCCUGGGGUUUUCCAUUGAGAAGAUUAAAGCAUAUUAAAUACAAGGUCUCUUGCUCACUCUCCUGGUGAGUCACCAUCUACCCCUGUGACUGUGAACUGCUGAACCUCACAAGCCGUUUUGAACAGAGAUAGUCUCUGGGCUUUGGGAAUUGAACAGCACUUUCCUGCCACUCCCCAGCCGUGGGUACUGGGAGUCCCUCUGGCUCCAUGGUCCUUUGCAGAUCAAGAUGAUCCUUGCCACUUUGAAGCUGCAAGGGGGUUUGUUGUUCGUUUGUUUUGAGUUUCUUGCUCCUGCAGUUGAAUGGCAGAAGACCACAGGCCACAUCAGACUGGUUGGGUCCCAAGACUUGCAGAGCCAGCCCCACAGUUCAUCCACAGUAGAACCAGGCCUGUUUGAGAUCACCUCCCUAUCCAGGACAGUGGUUUUCCAUGGUGGGGGCCUGAUGCAGAGGGCCCAAGGGACUCUCCCCCCAGCAAAGAAUGGAGGUCCCAAUCCACAACAAUGCUGAGAAGCAGAAAGACAGACAGGACAGCCGGCCUCUUCCCCAUAAGCAUGUAGUGUUGUACCAAAGGGAGGGUCCAUGGCUCCCUAGACAGUUGUUACAGAAGCCCUCCCCAACCCCACUGUCCAUAGUCCCUCUCUGAAUGGCCUCCCUGGAGUCCCUGCAGUAUGUACAGAGGUACACUCUCAUCACCUAGCAAGACUCAUCCCUUUUCAAGCCUUUCUAUCACUGUGACUGUCUGAAAUUCUGCCAAGUGCAAAAAUUAAUGUCUGGCUCUGAUGAGGGUAUGAGAAAAUGUUUCUGUCUUUUCUGUCAUGGCUGCCAACAAUUAAGAUCAAUGCUUUUCCCAAACAGCACCCAUCCUGAGCUCCAACCAAGGGAGGCUCAGGUUACACAUAUGCUUCUCUGAAGACCGCCUGCCCCAAGCUUGGUUUUCCUCCAGCCAUUCUCCUCCUUAUAUUCAGAACUAAGUGAAGGGGCUUCGCGACGACACAGCAGACUGCAGGGUCAGGGUUCCUGAGAGUGGCUUAGCUCUGCACAACCUCUCCAGGUCUGUUCCUUGGCCUCCUCACCUGAGGCCACCCUUCCCCCGAAAAACAUUUGGACAGUGGCCCCUAUGGUAUCCCAGGGAGGGAGCCGUUUCCUCAUCCCCAGGUACUAACCCAGCUCAAGUGCUCUUCCUUUGAGGACAGCUGCAGCAGAAGCCAUGACUACAUUGCCUCUUUCUACCCCCAGCCUAAGCAGUGGGCUGGCAGGGUAGACACUUGCCUUUCUGGCCAUAGUGCUCCCUACGGGAGGUCACCUGGACCUUGUUUUAAGUGGCCAAGUCUUGGAGUUCCCCCCAUUUCUAUCACCAAAACAGAAAGCACAGAAUUCAACUGCCUGGAAAGAGGGCACUUGACAGGGAAGUGAAUACCAAGGCUGUCCCAUGCCUUAGCCCAAAGCACAACACUUACUGCAUGCAUCAUAGCUCCCAGCUGUGCGGAAAGCACUCAGGCUACGAGAAAGGCUCCGCAGAAACUGUCUAGCAGGGGCCAUCCAGCCAUGACUACCCAAGAGC